CCAAACAGCAACCAGUCACUAUGGAUCCAAGGCACAGAGUGUGAUCUGCUCCAUAUCUCCAGUAUACCAAACAUUUAGGAUUCUACAAUACAAGCUGGAUGUAAUUCAGACCAUGAGUGGAGAACCAACUGUGCCAGAUUCUACCCCAAGAAGCCUUGAUGUUCACUCUGCAUUCAGGAGCACCUCCUUAAACACAGAGGCUGUUCAGAAUUUUGCCCAGAAUACGGCUGAGAACAUCAUCCAGUCACAUUUAAGACAAAUGGAAAGGGUGGAACCUGAGGUGGACUGCCAAAUGUCUUCUUUUAAUCAAGCCUGUGAGAUGUUGGGUGAAGAAUUAUCUUCAGCAGUGAUCCAGGCUGCUCUGUGGGAGGUAUGUAGAGGCCCACACAAUGAGGAGCCACAAAGUUUCCAUGUUGGUGUUCAAUGCUCCAACCUUCAGCAGCCUCAUCAUGAUGCAGGUUUGACAAGUAGUAGACAAGCUGGAAAACCAUCUUUCCUGGACAGAGGUGGAAGAGAAAGAGAUGCCUCUUUGAACAUGAACACAGAACUAGAGGAUCCAAGCAGAGAAGCAUCUCUGUCCCACGACCUGCCUCUGUCAAAGUCAGGGCUCCCUGUUUUUGGGUCCCUUGAUUACCCCGAUGCCCCCCCUACCACACCUCUCCUGCCAGAACUUGAGAAGAGCCGACACAGCUUUUCCAGGAAGCUGAAAGGAGGCCUGGCAAAGGAGUUCCUACCCUCACCUCCUCCGCCGACUCCAAGAGACAGCGAGAGUGUCGCCAUCAACGAUCCCAGGGCCGAGCUAAUGGAGCAACUGCUGCAGUCACUGUGCGAAGACAAAGAAGGAUGGAAAGAUGAUUUGUUAAAGGAUGCUUACAAAGCUGGAGAUGCCACAGGAGGAGCCCAGCAUGGAGCCACAAUGGAGGCUUUUGCUGAGGUGCUUUCAGCAAAUAUUGUCGGUUCGGUCAUGAGCGCCAAAAGCAGAAAGCAGACAGUCGGCGACAGCAAUGUUCUUCUGCUAGCAGACCAACUGGCUGAAAAGAUCAUCACCUCUGCCCUCGAUGAAGCGAGCAUGAUUGAGUCAUAAUGCGUGCAGUCAAAUCUGCUCUGAGGAAAAGUAAGAGGGUUAAGGAGCGAUGAAGCCCGCUCUAAACUCUAAGCUAGUUUCCAGUCAUAAGCAGAGGUGGAUGAGCAAGAUCACAAAAUUAUACACCCCGUUUCACCAGACUAUUGGCACAGGCUGGUUGAUGUUUUGUAAGUUGGCAUCCCAGUUGUUGAGGCCACCCCUCACCCCCAACCCCCAGCCCCGGUAUAUUUUCUUAAUAUUUGAUUUCACUUUCACAAAUCCUAUUACAAUUUUUUUUUUUUUUUUUUGUAAUGUUUAACUGCUAUGAACAUAUUCUACUGAAUUGUAGUUUUGUUCCACUUACAGGAAACUGUAAGAGCAAGAAAAGGGCAAUAACUACAACUGUCCUUUAGGUGGCAGCACAGCAAUAACCUUCCUGAACAUUUUGUGAGGUCACUAAGGUCAUGUGACUGCAGCAACUGGCAGAGCUUCAGUUUUCCAGUCAUGUCAGAUAACCUUUGAUUUAUUUCUGCCUGAAUGCUCAGGUUCUCCUGCUGCCAAAUACUUUCACUGAUAAUAAAGACUUGUCUUUUGCAUAACAAUUUCUAUUUACUUUAUUGUCAUAGAAUGACAAAGGGGUUGCUUUGCAUAUUUUGUGAUACAGUUC